UUGCAUCGAUUGUUUAACAUCCGGGUUGUUGUGUCCUGCAUAUUAUUUAAUCGAUUUUAUUGGACUGUUUCCAGGUUUAAAACCAGUUGCUAACAAAUAUUUUUGUGCCAUUAGCUUAUUACAACAUAUACUCGUAUGACUCGUAUAAAUGUUCUCCAAAUCAUGUCUAGAUAUUUGGAAAGAAGAAAGUCAACAACUAGGGAUCGUUACUUUCUGCAAGGACUUGGACGUGGCCCUCGGAAGCAGCGGGGUGCCCGUGGGACAAAUUACGGAGUUCUGCGGGCCUCCCGGUAGCGGAAAGACGCAGCUGUGCAUUCAACUAUCGGUAAGCACUCAGAUACCGGCCGAACUAGGAGGCUUGGGUGGCAAAACAAUGUUUUUCGAUACAAAUUUUGGUUUCACUCCUCAAAGGUUAGAAGAAAUGGCAACUGGAUGUGUUCAGCACUGUCAAAAGCUCGUAAGUGUACAUAGGAAAGGUUUAGCUUACGCUAUCAGGGAUUUCACAGUAGACAAACUAAUGGAUGGAGUUUACUAUAAACAUAUCCAACAAUGUUCGGAACUCCUAGACGGAAUCAAUUCUCUGGAACGGUUGUUGAGAGCAGAAGAGAAAAUUAGGCUUGUUGUACUAGAUUCAAUGUCGUACAUCAUCAGAAACAAUAUAGAAAACACAAUGGAACGGAUCAGGAUAGGGUAUCAAAUUUUAACGAAACUGCAUGCUUUGGCCAAUCAGUAUAAAUGUGCUGUGAUAAUUACCAACGACGUAACAACCAGAUUCAAUCCAAACGAUCCGAGCAGUAGCAUGGUAGUGCCUGCACUUGGGGAAAGCCACAGUCACAAAAUCAACCAAAGAAUCAUUCUUGGUCCGUCUAGCAAUAGAGACGAUGCACCAGGAACCAUUUUAGCCUCUAUCGGUAAAAGUUUGCUUCGGCCUUCUGCCACCGUUAAGUUUCACAUCACCGAGGCGGGUAUCAGGAGGUUUCGGAAAAAGUGAUUAUCCCAAGGUACCACAUCAAUGUGCUUUUAUUGUGACCGUUUUUCGGCAGAUAAAUGAUGCUUUUCUGGUUUAUUUUGUUAAAUAAAUUUCGAUUUUAAUACGAAUAUGGUGGGUUGCUUGUUUGAAUUAAAAGGACGCAAUGGUCACUAAAACGUCUCGGUAGUCACCGCUUAG